AUGCAGCCGGUGCGCUUGGUCGUCGGUCGCCUGCUGGCCCGUUGCCCGCCAACCCACAGCGGUCGCCAGCUCUCGUCAGGCUCCACGAUUUCGAUCCGUGAUGCGCUAAACCAGGCUCUCGAUGAGGAGAUUCGCCGUGACGCCAACGUCUUUGUGAUGGGCGAGGAGGUGGCCCAGUACGAUGGCGCAUACAAGGUGACGAAAGGGUUGUGGAAGAAGUACGGAGACAAUCGCAUCUGGGACACCCCGAUCACUGAGAUGGGUUUCGCCGGAAUGGCCGUCGGCGCUGCGUUCGCAGGGCUUCGCCCGGUCUGCGAGUUCAUGACGUUCAACUUCUCCAUGCAGGCCAUUGAUCAGAUCAUCAACUCGGCGGCGAAGACGUAUUAUAUGUCUGCCGGACGGGUGAACUGUCCGAUUGUUUUCCGUGGCCCGAAUGGUGCUGCUGCGGGAGUGGCUGCCCAGCAUUCGCAAGAUUAUUCGGCCUGGUACGCGCACUGCCCUGGGCUGAAGGUCGUAACGCCGUAUAGCGCUGUGGAAGCAAAGGGCCUCCUCAAGGCCGCGAUUCGUGACGACAACCCAGUCGUCUUUCUCGAAAACGAAAUCCUCUACGGCCAGCAGUUCCCCUUCCCCGAAGAGGCGAAGAGCGAAGAUUUUGUCCUGCCAAUCGGCAAAGCGCACAUUGAACGGCCAGGCAACGACAUCACGAUCGUCACCUACUCUCGGGGCGUGGAGUUCGCCAUGGAGGCGGCCAAGCAGCUUGCCACGAUCGGCGUUGAGGCUGAGGUCAUCAAUCUCCGAACGCUGCGACCCUUCGAUUUCGAAACGGUAAAGAAGAGCGUGAUGAAGACGAAUCAUCUCGUGACCGUCGAGACUGGAUGGCCUUUUGCAGGCAUUGGAGCCGAGAUCAGCGCCCAGGUGAUCGAGUCGGAAGCCUUCGACUACCUCGAUGCCCCCAUCUAUCGAGUGACCGGUGUGGAUAUCCCGAUGCCCUACGCCCAAUCCCUCGAGGCUGCUGCGUUGCCGACGGCCGAUCACGUUGUCAAGAUGGCCAAGAAGAGUCUCCACAUCCAG